CGACUGCUGCCCAUAGAUUCUAAUGCACGCUUCCAUCAAAAUAAUAAUAAUGGUGAUUAGUAGUUAUUCACCAUGUGUCGAUAUUUGUUAUAUAUUUCGUAUUUAGGAACAAAUUUUAGAGGAGUAGUUCAGACUAAUUCCACGUCACCAACUGUGCAGAGGGUAAUUGAGGGAGCACUGCAUACACUCAAACCACAGGAAGCGGCAAAAUUAUAUUUUUCAAGUCGUACUGAUGCAGGUGUUCACGCAUUGAAUAACACAGCACAUGUUGAUUUCGUAAGACGAAAUAACCAACAACCGUUCAGUGGCGAGGUACUCAAAACAAUUUUGAAUAACAAGCUACUCAUAGCUCAGCAGGAUAUACGAAUCAAUGAUGUUAAAAAAGUUCCUGAUGAGUUCCAUGCUCGAUUUCAAGCCAAGGGUAGAACAUACGUAUACAGGAUAGCAUCAAAUUGGAAUUGUGCUCUCAAUCAUAUACCAUUAUUUGAAAAUCACAGAUGCUGGAUGGUCAGUUACAGAUUAGACAUCGAAAAGAUGAAACAGGCGUGUGAAGUAUUUAUUGGUACUCAUGAUUUCGCCGCAUUUCGUAGCAAAAAUAACAAAAAUGUUCAUAAAUCAACUGUGAGAACUAUAGAUAGUAUAAACAUUAGGAAAUCUCAUGGAAUAUUACAACAUCUAUCACCCUGCGAGACAGAUGCACGAAUAGAAUACUAUGAAAUUGAAUUCAAAGCCAAGUCAUUUCUGUACAAACAGCGAUGCAUAGAUGACAAUGAGUGCGCAUAUACGUUUCUAUUACCCCGUGGAGACUCUGUGGAUAUGUGCCCCAACAUGGCUGAUACAGUUAUAAGAAUGACAGAAAUUGAGUCAGAGAACGAGCAGCUGAAAAAACAAAUCAGUUCUCUUGAGUUGGCUUACCAGAAGAAGAUUGACACCAUUGUACGUGAAGUGGAUGAACUAAAGAAAGUCUGUUCUCUGAUUUGUCAGAAUAAUAGUAAUAUUAACGACACAAACGAAGAAUCAAAAAAUUUCAUAUUUAAUGGUAAUUCAUCUGUUGUUAUUGAACCUACUGAACCAAUACCUAUGAUGAUGGAUUUGACACUUUGCGUAUGGGUGAAGACUAACUCUGAGAUUGUUUAUGGUGGACAUACAGUUCUACUGCACUACCAAGCAGAGAUACCGUCAGUAUCUGGAUAUUAUCAUGGACUGACUCUAUUUCUGAAUUCUGUGGGGCAGUACCACAACAUGGGUUCCACUGUAUUUGGUACACACACUAUUCCCGAUGAUGGUUCGUGGCAUCAUGUCUGCUUAGCAAUGCAUGGGGGUGACUAUAUGACUGAUGUUGGAGUUUACGUAGACGGUGCUCGGAACCCCGGACAGCUAUCAAUCACAUCAAGAGUUUUGUACAGAGGCGGUGUCAUUUACAUUGGGUAUAAACCAGACGGAGCACAUGCAUUUAUUGGCAAAUUGACACAAGUUAAUAUGUGGGAUAGACAUCUGGAAUUUGGAGAGUUUGUUGAAUUAGUCACAUCGUGUGAAGGAAAUGGUAACAUUGUUUCUUGGUCAAAUAUAAUUAAUGAAGGAAGAUAUACGGUGAAUAAUGCUGAAGAAGAUGUAUCAGAUAUAUGCCCUAAGUGA